AUGGUUGCCUCGAUGAGUCGGGGUUGGGGCCAGGUUGGGGUAAACCUGAGUAGCCAUGAGUUGGGGGACAUAAGUGUCAAGGCCAACUCCAAAUCUCUCGUUUACCACAGGACACUUAUCCAGUAUUUCUCCGCACACCAGAGCCUGAUAGGCCUGUCGCGGAGAGCCAAGACAAUACCUUCAAUUCUCCUCUAUUUCCCUCUUCGCAACACUUCUGUGGAGAAGGGACGGGAGAUGGCCAAGACUGAUAACGAGUGGCUCAGCAAGCCCUUCCUGACCUCCCUCUUUCUAGGUCUAGGGGGCUUCCUUUAUGGCUUCGACUCCGGUAUCAUCACCCCGAGUUUGGCUCUCAAGACCUUCCGAAACUAUUUUGGCAACCCUGCACCUCCUCUCACAGGUGCCAUUGUGUCGCUCUUCCAAGCCGGAGCAUGGCUCGGCAGCGCUUCAGUGGGCAUUACUUCAGAUAAGCUGGGCCGUCGCAAGGCCAUUGCCUUUGGCUGCGCGUUCGGUAUCAUUGGUGCCGCUUUGAUGGCUGGCGCCACUCAUGUUGCUAUGCUCAUGGUUGGUCGUCUGCUCAUCGGUUUUGCUGUUGGAACGGUCACGGGCGUGGCACCGGUUAUGGGUGCUGAGAUUGCCAAAACUUCAGAACGUGCCAGAGUUACUGCCGUGACACAAAUGAUGGUGGCAUGGGGCUUCUUCGUGGCGCUAUGGACUGGAGUCGGCGAGGGGAAGUGGCAGAAUAGCCAGCAGUGGCGACUCGGCUUCGCCAUUCAGGGCAUUCCGGCCGUCAUUCUCUGCAUCGGAGUCUUCUUUAUUCCAGAGUCCCCUCGUUGGCUGCUCCUCAAGGGCCGCACCGACGAUGCUAACAGGGCCUUCCGGGCCUACCACGAGUCCAGCUAUCAGGACGAGGAGCGCCUCAUGUCUGAGUUCACCAUCAUCCAGGUCAACAUUGCCGAAGAGCUGUCGGCUCAGCACCGCCUCAGCUGGGCCGACCUUUUCAAGACGCCGGCCUUCCGUUACCGCCUGUUCGUCGGUUGCUUCGUCUGGGCGGCCGCCAUGUUGGCCGGUAUUACCUUUGUGCAGUACUUCCAGACCUCCAUCUACGCCACCCUCAACUACACUGAAGACAGGCAGCUGCUCAUCAGUGGUCUGUACGGCUGCGUGGCUCCCAUCGCUUGUAUCAUCUCCUUGUUCUUCAUCGACAGGGUCGGCCGCAAGAAGAUCCUGGUUUCCAGCUCUGCUACUCUUUCUCUUGCCUACAUGAUCAUCACCAUCAUCGCGGCCAAGUUCCCCGCCAUUCCCGGCAAGCCGACCAACGAGGCAGCCCAGCGCGGCCUCAUUGCGUGUAUUUUCUUUGUUUCCGCCAACUACUCUGCCCUUCUGGGACCUCAGACGUGGGUGGUUCCACCCGAGGUGUUCACGACCGAGCUCAGGGCCAAAGCGAACUCUAUAGUGCAAGUCAUUCACUACUCGAUCAGCUUGAUCAUUGCUCAAUGCUCACCCAUUGCUCUCAAGGCUGUUGGAUAUAAGUACUACAUCCUGUUCAUUCUCACUAACGCCCUCUGCGCCCUCGUGUUCUUUUUUGCGUACCCCGAGACAAAAGGCAAAUCUCUCGAAGAGAUCGAUGAGAUAUUUGGCGACGUCAAGAUUGUGCACGAAGAGGAGAUUGGCGGCUUGGGUGAGAAGCACCUGGUCCAAGAGACUGUGAGCAACACGGAGGCUCGUGCCACCCAUUAA